GGCUUUAUCCAUCGCUAUACUAUGAAUGAGAGCAAAAAUGGGUGGAAUCUUGUUCACACUUUUCCACGCGAUUCUUGUGACAAUUAUGCUCGGUGUGGUCCUAAUGGUAUCUGCAGAAUUAGUCAGGUACCAAUAUGUGAGUGUCUGAAAGGAUUCGCCCCAAGAUUUCAGAAGGAUUGGGACGUGCAAGAUUGGUCCGGUGGAUGUGUUAGAAUUACGCCAAUAAAUUGCCAGAAUGGAGACGGGUUUCUUGGGGUGGAAGCUAACUUUCCUCAUAGGUUCCAGUUUCAAUUGAAUACUAGUAUGAGUUUCAAUGAAUGCAAAGCUCAGUGUUCCAAAAGCUGUUCCUGUACAGCUUUUGCUACCCCUUUUAUAGAUGGAAUCAGUGGCUGUUUGAUGUGGUUUGGGGAUUUGAUUGAUAUUAGAGAGCCUCCUGAAGCAGAUAGCAAGGUGAACAUCUACAUUCGUUUGCCAGCUUCAGAACUAGAAUCUAACAAUGUUUUAGGUAAGAAGAAGAAAAGGCCCGCAAAGAUAAUCUUCAUUUUGACUGCUGUCGGAGUGAUUAUCUCUGCUUUAAUCUGCGGAGGCAUACUUCUAAAGAGAAGACUAACAAGUAAAGGAGAAGAAAGGAAAACUGAAGGCCUAGAAUUACCUUCAUUUGGUUUGGCAACUGUAGCUACUGCCACGGAUAACUUCUCCAGCAAAAACAUGAUAGGUGAAGGUGGUUUUGGUCCUGUUUACCGGGGUAGGUUAUCAGAUGGACAAGGAGUAGCAGUAAAAAGACUGUCCAAAACAUCCAGAGAAGGUAUUGAAGAAUUCAAGAAUGAAGUGAAUUUGAUUGCCAAACUCCAACACAGAAACCUCGUCAGAUUAUUGGGAUGUUGCACUAAAAGAGAUGAAAGAAUGUUAAUCUAUGAGUACAUGGAGAACAGAAGCUUGGAUAAUUUUAUUUUUGAUGAAGAUAAAAGGACAAUAUUGUCAUGGCCCAAGCGUUUUGACAUUAUUAUGGGGAUUGCUCGUGGAUUUCUCUACCUUCAUCACGACUCAAGAUUAAAGAUUAUCCAUAGGGAUAUCAAAACAAGCAAUAUCUUGCUAGACGAAUAUCUAAAUCCGAAAAUUUCGGACUUUGGCUUGGCAAGAAUUGUUGGAGGGGGUCACGAUAUAGAAAGAACAAAAAGAGUUAUUGGGACAUAUGGCUAUAUGGCUCCUGAGUAUGCCUUUGAUGGGAAGUUCUCAGUAAAAUCAGAUAUCUUUAGCAUGGGUGUUGUCUUGUUAGAGAUAGUGACUGGCAAAAAGAACAGAAGUUUCAGAUACAUGGAUCACUGUGAUAGCCUUCUAGGACACGCAUGGCUCCUCUGGAAAGAAGACAGGGCCUUGGAACUAAUGGAUGAAUGUUUGAAAGAUUCAUAUGUUGAAUCUCAAGUGAAGAGAUGUAUGCAUGUGGGCUUAUUAUACGUUCAGAAACACGCAGACAACAGGCCAUUUAUGUCCAAUGUGCUUUUUAUGCUAGGAAGUGAUCAGGAGGGAGCAAAUUUGCCUGAUCCCAAUGAACCUGGAUUUUUCAUGGGAGGGAGUUACAAUAUUGAAGAAACUUGUGAACUGCAUUACAAUAAUGAAGAAACUUGUAAACCAGAGCCAAAUUCAAAUGCAGUGAGUAUGACUGAUAUAGAAGCCAGAUAGAGAAGGUUCAACAGAAUGAUAAUUUUGCAGAACAUACACAUAAUCAUGCUACUAUAA